UUGCUGUUGAUCGUGGUAAGCUUCUGUUCCGUCUCUUGCCUCUCCCGCGCUUCCAGCCCUCCACCACCACAACCGCUCGCUCUCCCGCCGGCGCUCUCCACCACCACAGCUGCUCGCUCUCCCGCCGGCGCUCUCCACCACCACCGCUGCUCGCUCUCCAGCCAUCGACCUCCACCACCACCGUCGUGCCCCGAAGUGAAUGGCAAUUUGCAAACGAGGGUUUUAAUCGAGGAGUCUCGAUUCAUCUCAAGCUGCAUUAUCUACGGUUGCUUGAGGAACAAGCUUUCCUGUACGUUUGGAGGCUCUGAAUCAAACAUUGUUUUACACAGUGGGCACAACAGAGAUCAAGUUACAAUAAAAAGCCCCACAACUAUGCCUUUUUUGAAACACAAUCAUUUUACAGUACGUUCAUCAUUUAGUCUUGAUAUUGAAAGACAAACUUCCAAGGUCCCUCUCGAUGAAACACUCCUCUCCCUUUCCUCUCGAUUAAAGCUCUCAACCGCAGGCUGCGUCUCCCGUCUUCUUCUUCAACUGCAAUGCCACCUCCGAGCUCCCUCUCUUCUUCAAGCGCUGACCUGCGGAACGAAGGCGGUCCAGCCCUAUUCGCUGGUCGGUGUUCUCAUAUGAGGUCUUUGAAACAUCCUCUUCUCUCUUUCUUUGGCUAGGGCUCUGCGUCUGCCAUGGCCAACGCAGCUCUUGUAUGUUAUCUUUUUCCCGUCUCUCUUACUCAUUUGUUGUCUUCAAUGUGCUAGUCCUCAAGUUAGUUUGAUGAAAUUCUUGUGUGCAUGUACACUUUGU